AUCUAAUCGCACCCUCCCAACUCAAACUCGCCCCAGAGGCCGUAACCAUUAUCCUGCUCUCCUCCGUUCCUUCCACUUAGCACUCUCUAGAAAAAAACAAGAGAAAAAAGAGAAAGGAAUAUAGAAGCAGUAGUCUUAAAAAACACUAGUCACUCCCUCGUUUUGCCAGCUUAGCGUUCUCAAUAGUAACGCAUUUUGCUUUGAUCUCUCCAACAAUUGUGUGCUUUGCAGAGCAAAAAAUGGUGUUCAAGGUGUCGAAAGUACCAACGACGCCGUACGAUGGCCAGAAGCCUGGAACUUCUGGCCUCCGCAAGAAGGUGAAAGUUUUUGUGCAACCUCAUUAUUUGCAAAAUUUCGUUCAGUCAACAUUCAAUGCCCUUACACCAGAGAAAGUUAGAGGUGCCACACUUGUUGUUUCUGGUGAUGGUCGUUAUUUCUCAAAGGAUGCUAUUCAGAUAAUAAUUAAGAUGGCAGCUGCAAAUGGAGUAAGACGUAUAUGGGUUGGUCAGAAUGGAUUGCUUUCAACUCCAGCUGUAUCAGCUGUAAUACGUGAAAGGAUUGGUGUGGAUGGAUCGAAAGCAACUGGAGCCUUUAUUUUGACAGCAAGUCACAAUCCAGGUGGCCCUCAUGAGGAUUUUGGAAUAAAAUACAACAUGGAAAAUGGUGGACCUGCUCCAGAGGCUAUUACUGAUAAGAUCUUUGAGAACACAAAAACAAUAACAGAAUACUUGAUUGCUGAGGAUUUACCAAAUGUAGACAUUAGUGCAAUUGGUGUUACAAGCUUUGGGGGGCCUGAGGCACAGUUUGAUGUUGAGGUUUUUGAUUCAGCAAGUGACUAUGUGAAAUUGAUGAAGUCAAUUUUUGACUUCGAGCUUAUUCGCCAGCUGCUUUCAUCUCCGAAGUUUACCUUCUGCUAUGAUGCACUGCAUGGAGUUGCUGGAGCUUAUGCACAUCGCAUCUUUGUGGAAGAGCUUGGGGCAAAAGAAAGCUCACUGUUGAACUGCGUUCCCAAGGAGGACUUUGGAGGAGGGCAUCCUGAUCCAAAUCUGACUUAUGCAAAGGAGUUGGUUGCUCGCAUGGGAUUGGGCAAAUCAAACUCUGGAGUUGAACCACCAGAGUUUGGUGCUGCUGCUGAUGGUGAUGCUGAUCGUAACAUGAUUCUGGGCAAAAGGUUCUUUGUCACUCCAUCAGAUUCAGUUGCCAUCAUUGCUGCAAACGCUGUUGAUGCAAUUCCUUACUUCUCUUCUGGUUUGAAGGGAGUUGCCAGGAGUAUGCCCACCUCAGCUGCCCUUGAUGUUGUGGCCAAGCACUUGGAACUGAAAUUUUUUGAGGUACCCACUGGCUGGAAAUUUUUUGGCAAUUUAAUGGAUGCUGGAUUAUGUUCUGUUUGUGGAGAAGAAAGUUUUGGAACUGGCUCUGACCAUAUUCGUGAGAAAGAUGGAAUCUGGGCUGUUUUAGCUUGGCUUUCGAUACUUGCAUAUAAAAAUAAGGAAAAUCUUGACGGGGAUAAGCUUGUGACUGUUGAGGAUAUAGUUCGCCAGCAUUGGGCUACCUAUGGUCGACACUAUUAUACUCGAUAUGACUAUGAGAAUGUGGAUGCUGGUGCAGCAAAGGAUUUAAUGGCAUAUCUGGUCAAGUUGCAGUCUUCCCUUGGUGAUGUUAAUACUGUUGUGAAUGAGGCUCAUUCAGAUGUAUCAAAUGUUGUCAAUGCUGAUGAAUUUGAAUAUAAGGAUCCUGUUGAUGGUUCUGUUUCAAAACACCAGGGUAUUCGGUUUUUGUUUGAGGAUGGAUCACGAUUGGUUUUCCGUCUCUCUGGAACUGGCUCAGAAGGUGCUACUAUCCGACUCUACAUUGAGCAGUAUGAAAAGGAUCCAUCGAAAACUGGAAGAGAUUCUCAAGAAGCACUUGCUCCUCUUGUGGAAGUUGCUCUAAAACUUUCUAAGAUGCAGGAGUUCACUGGCCGAUCUGCACCUACGGUUAUCACAUAGAUUUAUACUGCUACAAGUUAAGGGUCGUCUGAGAAGUCAAAGUACCAUUUUGAGGAAUGGAAACAUAAAUACACUGUUCAAGGCAUGGUUAGAUAACCUACAUAUAUAUAUAUAUAUAUAUUUGUCGUUCUACAUCCGUACCAUGAGUACAUGAGAGUAUCAUAAAUGACAGAUAUACCCACUAAUCAAAAUUUUCUGAGAGGGUUCGUAAAAUAAUUUGAAUAAUGUUGCACUACUCGGGAUCGUAUGUCCUAUCUAUACGCCUUUCGUCUUGGAUUUUCAUUUUGGUUGAAUUGUAUCCGAAAUUUCAUUUCCAUGUGACUGGUGGGUUUAUCUCCUUUUUUUUUUUUAUGUUAUAUUAAUGAAAUGGGGAGUAAGGGUCUGACAUGAUCUUUUUAUUUCC